UAAAAAUAGGAAAAUGCAAACAAUUCAAGUUUGAAAUUUUGCAGCAAUAGCCGACUGUCCUAAUGGCUUUCUUCAACAUGAUGCGUCUUGUUACAAGUUUUUCCACUCUACAAGAGCAACAUGGGCAGAGGCUAUGAUGUACUGCCAAGUGUUCAAGUCACAUUUAGCCGUUAUUGAAUCAGAGAGAGAACAGAAUUUCAUUGAGGGACUUUUACGCCGGGAGUACCACCGUGGUUUGCCAGAUGGCUGUUGGAUUGAUGGGACAGAUGCCCUAGUAGAGGGAGAGUGGUUGUGGACCACUACAGGUAAAAACAUCAUGAAAGAGGAUUACCAGAAGUGGUAUCCGGGGGAGCCAAACUCUGCUAGAAACAAUGGAGAGGACUGUAUGGACCUCCUACACCACGAGAACUACAACUGGAACGAUGAGAGCUGCGAAGUUCAGAAUAACUUCCUGUGUGAAACAAGUGCCAACACAGAAAGUAUUAUUGGAUAAGUCCAUCCAAGUAGAAAUUUCCUAAAAUAAAGUAACAGAUUUCCUUUUA